UGAUCUCCAUUAAUUCUAAUUUAACACAAUCUCUCUGAAUACCAGUUACCCUAAGUUUUCUCUCUACAAUCCCUUUAAAUCAAGCAUUUCAAUGGCUACUAAUCUUCUCACCUUCCGUCCCGCCGGAAUCUACGCCAUUGCUAUUCCCGGUCAUGCGAAACAGGAUACCACCCGCCGUAAAAGUAGUGUUCCACCGCCUUCCUCCGCCAGCUGGUGGGGCCCGCUCUUUGGAUGGUCCACCGAGCCUGAUUACUUUGAUUCAGAUGGAAAAACCGAGGUCGAAGAUACAAGGAAAGUAGAAUCAAAGACGGAAACAUCGCAAAAGCCGGCGAGAUCGAAGUUUUCCAGGGGAAGCUUCACCGAGGAGAAGGCAAAGCAGCUCCGUAUGAUGACUACGAACACGGAGUCGUUUCACGACGCUAUGUACCAUUCAGCUAUCGCUUCUAGGCUCGCCUCCGAUUUCAAGGAUCGUUCCGAUCGAUGAUUAGCCAGCGAUUUGGGAGUAUUUUUUUUUCUUUUUUUAGGUUAGAAAUAUAAUAUAUUCUCGAUGUCAAUGUAGGAUCUGAUGGCGAAAUACAGUCGGCAUUUGAUUUAAACUUGAAUUAAAUUAUUAAACAAAACGAUUUACCAAAAAGAAAAAGACGACGAAUAUGUUUCACGUAUUAUCUUGUUUCUGUUCUGCCAUGGGGGAUUUGUUACUUUGUAUCUUAAGAUGAUUAUUAAACGUUUAUGGGUAUGGCAGUUUGGAUCUGAGAUUCUCCAACUUGCCGAAUAUGCUGUAUAGAACAAUCAAAUGACGAAUAUUCUAAAAUUUGAUUCUA